UAAAAAGGAAAGUCCUUUGAUUUGGACCUUUCUAACAAGCCACAGCCGGGCGGUGCUGUCUCUCGUGGGCACGGAGGACUCCCUCAGAGCCUCUGAUCAGUUAAAGAAGAGAAGUCUCCCACUUGCAGUGGGCUGUUUUGCUUGGGAUUGCUCUGCAGUGUUUGGGGUGCAGCCUGGGCACACUGGGGCUGUGAUCUGCAGGACAGAGCCCUGUCGUCACCCCCUCCCCUCCUGAGAGUCAAGGCCAAGAGCAGCUCAUGGACGUGAUCAAGUGGAAACCCCAGGAAGCCUUCAACCAGACCCAGUCCAGCUCCCUCCUGCGUGACCCUGUGGAGGGGAGGAACAGCACCAAUUAUACCAGGACCCUGAGGCUGCCAGAUGCGACCAGUGCCGCCUGGUACAUCCUCACCAUCAUCGGCAUCUAUGGUGUGAUCUUUGUCUUCCAGCUGGCCAGCAACAUCCUCAGGAAAAAUGAGAGGUCCUUGGAGGACAUUUGUUAUUCCAACUUAACUUCUGAACUCAAAAGGGAAGGGUUUCAGGGCAAGGUAGCUGAGUGCUCACUGAUCAUCAGCAAUACAGCAGCCCUCCAGCCUCAGCAGGAUGGCCUGGACCCAAGAGGGGCAGAAGACAGGCUCCACAGGGGAACCCAGGGGGUCCCCUGAAAGCCAAGGCCGACAGAGCACCAUUGGAGGCCUCAGCUGUUUUACAGGUAGAGAAGUUUGGGGCCUGCCAGGGAUCUUGAGAAAGGAACUGAGCCCUGGAUUAGGGCAUGGUGAGCAUCUCUGCCCAUGGACACUUCUGAGUGUGGACAGUCACCACAGUGUGGUCUAAGUAGAAGAAACAAUAGAAGCCAUAGGUUGGAAGGGUACUCAGGGUCCUCCGAGUGAUUCAGGAUACUCCUGAGGGUAAAGAGGUGGCUUCUUGUCAUGGGAUGAAGGCUGAACGUGGAGUCAAAUGCUUGGGAUUAACAACUUCUAGGGAUCAUAUACAUUUCUGAGUGGCAGUUGAUCACCUGGAACAUGUAGGAGUUGGGAUUGUCACCAAUAGUGACUUUGUUUUAAAGACUUACUCCAUUGACUUUAGGACCAAAGUUGUUCGUAGCAGAAGCUAAUCAGUCUUCAUUUUCUCUGGAAGAGUGGGCGCACUGAACAAAGAAUUAAUUUUGGACUCAGGAGCUCCAGACUCUGGUCUUUGACGUCUGAGGACCUAUGACUGAACUUCUCUAAAACUUAGUUUACAGGUCACGUGAGGAGAAUGAUGCCAGGGCGUCCAGCCGUACCACAGAGAUAGGCUCUAGGGAGAUCCUGCAUGUGAUUAUGUUUUGAAAUACAA